UCAUUUGUGGGCUGUUUGUUCACAUUACAGGCAGUCUGUUGGAGCUUGCAGGAAACCACAGAGGGUAAAAAAAAGUCUGCAGGACCCAUAUUGAUUCAGAGGGCUGAUGCACAGAUCAAGUUCACAAUGAAGCUUUACGGAGUUCUGAUCCUGUUUCUCUCAUUCUCUGCAGCAUGUGGAUUGAGAUGCUACACAUGUGUAGCAGCUGAACCUAACUCCUGCACUGAAAUUAUAACUUGUUCUGCGCCAUUCAACCGAUGUUCUUCUCUCAAGACAAAUGGACUGGUUUCCAAGAGCUGCAUGAUCAGCGUAGCAUGCAUUCCUCCCAUAAAGUGCUGUGAAAAGGACUUGUGCAACGGUGCCGUACCAACUGGCCCCGGUGUCACCCUGCUGCUCCUGUCUUCAGCCCUUAUGAUGCUCUUUAUUUAAGGCUCUGAAAUCAUGAUCCUGUUCUGGUUUAUUGGUCUCUUAACAAUUACUCUGAGGUGACAGCAAACAUGCAGUUAGGAGUCAGGACAGAUAUGCAGCAUUUUUAUUCAUCAUGUAAUA